AUGCUUAACCAUUUUUCACCUUACUCUAAGUCCGACCCCUCACUGGAGGUGAGUACGCUCAAAUUACUUGAAUCCGCCCUGGCUUCUGCGGAUACUAGUUUCGAUGCCAACGAGGACUGGCUUCUAUUGGGUGAUCUGGCAGCCGCCAUGCCCUCGCAAGGUCCAAAGCUUGCAGUGCAAUCACCUGAUCAGCUAAAUACCAAGUCCGAUCAGAGCAAACUUAGUGAGGCGAUAGUCGAUGCUGAUCAUUAUGACGAAGAUGACAUUAUACUAUGUGAAAGUAGUGAUUCCGAGCUGGCACCCUCUACGCCCCCUCAGCCUUCAACCAGUCAUUCUAAGCCUCCAGAUUCCUUACUCUUGGAUAGCUUGACUAAUAAUUUUGCCAACAAAACCACAGCUGACAAUAUACACAUCAAACGACGGCCGCCGACAUCUUUUAAAGAAGUCGGUGAUUCACCCCAUGAAAACGAGAUGGAUGAUUCUGAUGAUAUAGAAAUCAUUGGCUUUGAAUCUGGCAUUCAGCCUAAGGAAGCUGGACAGGAAGAGGAACCUUUUGGCAUGACGUCGGCAUCUAGGAAGCGGUCGCGCCCCUCGGAAAGCGUUAAAGAAGUCUUUAUCGACCUUGGAGAUUCCGACAAUGACGAUGUUGCCCAAGAAGAUGAUGCAUGUAGCAAUGAGAAUGACUUUAUUUCUGAUGAAGUUGAUGCAAAGGAAGAGGAACGUUCU